CAAAAAACAAAAAACAACAAUCUCUCAGACAUAUUUCGAGAGUUAUCCGCUGUAUAUUCUGCUUGGACGAGGCUUACCUUUCGAUAUUUAUUUACUCGGAAGCUUGUCUAUUGUUUGCCUUCUUUUUGCCACCUUCUCUUCCAAUUGCGAUUGUGGUUUCACUUGCAUCCAUCGCCACUCUAACAAUCCACACCACCAAUACGACAUUUGUUUCUCGAGCACGUCAACAAAACAACAUCUGACAGCAAAUCGAAAGCGCAUUAAUCUUUCUAUAGAUCAGAUCAAUCUGUUCAUCUUCGCUUUGUAUUAUUCAGCGAUCAACUUGUGUAUUUCCCGCACAUUUACGUCUUCUACUACUGUUCCCCGACCCCACCACCAAAAACCCCUUAUCAACCCAACAGCACCCGAUAAGAUGCGUAUCUUCAGCAAGAGCUCGUCCAACAGGAGGACAUCUUCCAAGCCAUCUCUAAGUGAACGCUCAGCUUCACUCGCCUCCUCAAGUUCCUCACUUCAAUCUCCGACUGGAAAACGCUCGUCACCACCAACUAGGUCGGGACCGACUCCAUUAUCUCCAACAACAUCCGCCCCGUCGUCGCAUCGUCCUCAGAUCCCAAUGCCUAAAGCUCCAGAUCCACUCGUCGACCCGGCGGCAUACCUGCGCAGCAUCGGGUCAGUCAGGGCACGAUGCUCAGUGUUACUGGAGAAGGCACUGGAUAAUGAUUUAAACCAUUUCGAGGUCGACAUGUCCAAGUUUGACGAUUCGGUGGCUUUCGUUGUUUCAAUCAUCAAGCGAGACUUUGCACCGCACUAUUCUACGAUUCCCCCUCAUGGACGCUGGCAACAUUUUAAUGUCGGCGGGAAAGAUAGGGUUACACAUCUUUUACAGUCAUGGCCCAGCUCUGUCGACACGUCUGAGCGGACCCGCCGCCUUCUCGACCUAUUCCUAGUUUCUGUGCUUCUCGACGCCGGAGCAGGCACUGCUUGGUCUUACAAAUCGAAGGAGAAUGGCAAGAUCUACAGCAGGAGCGAGGGCCUUGCUGUCGCGAGCUUGGAAAUGUUCAAGACGGGCAUGUUCUCCAGUGACCCAGACCAGCCAUUCCGAGUCGAUUCCGACGGACUGAGGCGUCUCACAGUUGAGACCAUGGGCAAGGGCCUCCAGGUCACCUCACAGAACCCGAUCGCUGGCCUCGAUGGCCGCGCGAACCUCCUAAUCCGCCUCUCCAAGGCUCUGGAAAACCGCCGGUACUUCGGUGAUGAUUCACGACCAGGAAACAUCAUUGAUUACCUGAUUUCCCACCCAACCACCCAAAUCUCCUCCGUCCCCAUCGUUCCCCUCCCGACUCUGUGGCACGUGCUCAUGGACGGGCUCGGACCCAUUUGGCCCGCCUCCCGCACAGUAGUCGACGGAGUCAGCCUCGGCGACGCCUGGCCCCUCUCUUCCAUGCCGCGCGAAUCGAAUAGUGCCGAGUGGGAAACCAUCGUCCCAUUCCACAAAUUGACGCAGUGGCUCUGCUACUCCCUCAUGCAGCCCAUGUCCGUGCUGAUGCACAUCCACUUCGCGGGCACGGAACUCAUGACCGGGCUCCCCGAGUACCGCAACGGGGGACUCUUCAUCGAUACCGGUGUGUUGACGCUCAAGUCGGAGCAGAUGAAGAGGGGACUUGAGGGUUUCUCGGCUGAGGCGGAUCGUAAUGGGCAGAAGUGUAUGGAGGUCGUGCCGAUGUUUGAGGCGAGCGAUGAUGUGGUUGUGGAGUGGCGCGCGGUCACGGUGGGCUUCCUGGACAUGCUGCUCGCGAAGGUGAAUACCGAGCUGGGCUUGAGUGGGGAGGAUGCCCUGUCCCUGGCGCAGAUGCUGGAGGCGGGUAGCUGGAAGGGUGGUCGCGAAAUCGCGGAGGUCACAAGACCGAAUACCAAGGAGCCGCCGAUCAUGAUUAUUAGUGACGGGACGGUCUUCUAAGCAACCUGCCUGAUGGGCUGGAUUUGAUUAUGACCCGAGUUGUGGUCAACUUUUUACCCAUUUUUUUGUUUCUAUGACUGAACGACACCCUCGACGGCGAGUACGGCGGGGCGAAUACGAUGGAUUAUGACGACUAUGAUACUAGAGAAAGGGGGGAUAGAAAGGGGGAUUUUCUGCAUGUGGUGGGGUUGAUACUACUAUACUUUCCUGUUAACCCGCGAUGGGCUUGGAUUUGGGAUGCAUCUGCAUUUUCGGUAGCAGCAUGGGAUGCGAGGGGUU